AGAUGGCUCCUUCCUUGUAAAAAGUGGUAACGUGAGGCUGCAUUAAUAUCUUAAAAACAAUAAUACAAACCGUUUACACGUUAUUUUAUAUAACCUUUCUUGAAAUAAUUUAGAUAACGUUCUGUAAACUAUAACGCUUCUAGAAGGCGGAGAAACAAGACAGUAAGACUGUGUGCCGGAGCCGGGUGUCGAGUGAGUUUCCCAUGCUUUGCUAUGUUGCUUGCGGCCGCUUGGUGAACACGCUGGAAGUAAAUUAUUAUAUUUAACUGAGGGAUCUGCUGUAGUUCUUCAUCUGCAAAAGAUUAUCCUAAAUCCUGGAAAAUUGGGGGAUUCCAAGAAGGAAGUGGAAAUGACAACUUACAAACCAUUAAGGGUUCAAAGCUACCCAAAGCUUGGAGAGAAAGUCACCCAAGACACCAUAUACUGGAAAAACUAUAAGACCGCAGUCCAGAUAAAGGAAUUUGGUGCGGUUACAAAAAUUGACUUCUCUCCACUCUCACCAUAUAAUUACGCUGUAACAGCGUCCACCAGGAUCCAUAUCUAUGGCCAGUACUCUCAGGAACCAAUCAAAACCUUCUCCCGGUUCAAAGUCCCAGCCUACUGUGGCACCUACAGGGACGAUGGCAAGCUGCUUGUGUCUGGCAGUGAAGACGGGGUGGUGCGGCUCUUUGAUAUUGAUGGGAAGGGAAUACUCCGCCAGCUGUCAGGGCAUACCAAGGCUGUACAUGUAGCAGACUUCACAUCAGACAAAUACAGGAUAUUAUCAGGAUCAGAUGACUACACAACCCGACUCUGGGACAUUGCGAAUUCCUCGCAAUUACUCUCCUACAGUGAACAUACAGAUUAUGUACGCUGUGGGACCACAAGCAAAUUGAACCCAGACCUUUUUGUUACAGGUUCAUAUGAUCACACGAUAAAGAUUUUUGAUGCAAGAACAGACAGCAGCGUGAUGACAAUGGACCAUGGCCAGCCGGUGGAGAGUGUCUUGCUGUUCCCUUCAGGGGGGCUUCUAGUGUCUGCAGGUGGCCGCUAUGUGAAAGUCUGGGACAUGUUGAAAGGAGGGCAGGAGCUGGUAUCUUUAAGAAAUCAUCACAAAACAGUGACGACUCUAUGUCUGAGUAGCUCAGGACACAGAUUACUUUCUGGAUCGCUUGACAGGCAUGUCAAAGUAUACAGCACAACAACCUACAAAGUAGUUCAUAGCUUUGAUUAUGCAGCAUCCAUUCUGAGUCUUGCAUUAGCGCCUGAAGAUAAGGUGAUUGUUGUGGGAAUGACAAAUGGAGUACUGAGCAUUCGACACAAGAAACAAGCAGAAGACAAACUGGGGGCCGCAAGUAUGAAGAGGAGGCGGCCAGCCUAUCGCUUCUUUGUGAAAGGGAAGGACUACAUGCCAAAGCAGGAUGACCUUUUGGUCAGCAAACCAGUCAAAAUACACUUGAAAAAGUAUGACAGGCAGCUCAAGAGUUUCGAGGUGUCAGAGGCUCUCAACACAGUCCUACAGCCACACAUCCGAGUGAAGAGCCCGGAGGUGACCGUUGCAGUCAUGCAGGAGCUGAACCGAAGAGGCACUCUGAAGAGUGCACUUGCAGGUCGAGAUGAGAAGAAUCUCACAAUGCUGCUCAGCUUCUUAAUCAGGCACAUAGUUGAUCCAAGGUUUGCACCUGUUUUAGUAAAUGUAGCAGAUAUGAUUUUGGAUAUCUACAUUCUGGUUGUGGGCCAGUCGGCAGUGAUUGAUAAACAGUUUGUAAAGCUGCAGGAGCUGAUAGAGAAGGAGAUUGAUUACCAGGAGGAGCUGGUAGAGCUUCUGGGGAUGAUGGACACUCUGUUCGCUACCAUGACUGCCAAGAAAGAGGCAGCAGCACCUGAGAGGAAACCCAGCAGGCCUGUGGACGGACAAGAACUGAGCGUGACGAUGGAGACGGCCUGACAUCCUCCAGUAAUACACCCGGAGAAAAGGGGCUGGUCUGCAAACAAAUAUUAAUACCGCCACUGGACAACUGUUCACACUGAGGUUACUACAAACUGUCCUAGGUAACGAUAAGACAGUACCCAAAAAGUUUCUAGCAGUUGUUUGCUACUAUAUAAUGUACCGAUGCAAGAUAUGCUGUCUGUGCUUUUUAAUGCAUCUUCCCCGUCUGUUCUGGGAACACAUUAACCCAACUAAAGCCAUUCUGUGUGUAAAGAAAUUUAUAUUGUAGUGGAGUUGUGUUGUUUCUAGAAGUUUUGCCUUUUUUUUUUUUUUUUUUUUUUUUUUUUUUUUUUUUUUUUUGGACAAGGACUAUUUUAUUAUCAAAAUAGUUAAUUUACUGACUCCAGACAACGUAACAGUAUAUUGUACAAGAGUAAAACUUUGAAUGAAAUGGCAAAUAAAAUUGUUGUGCUUCUGUUUAUUUUACAAAGGUAUUUUUUAGUGUUGGGGUCAAUACUGUUUUGCUGUGAAGUAUUCGUCGAUAUGCCUCCUCUCAAACCUUGAAACUGGUUAAACCCUGCACCCAGUCCUGGUUUCAGAGCUGCCUUCAAGUGUAUUUAUUAAAUGAUCAGGAGUUUGAUAUUAAUCACAUACCUCCUCAUUGCUGCAGGAACAGCUUCUAUUAGGUGUGAAUUACUCACGCUGUUGGGAGAAGUGUGAUCAUUUCAGAUUUAUCCGUGGUCUCUGUUUAAACUCCUGGUACCUGUUCAUUUCAAUAAUCCACCUAUACAAGAAGGUUCUGAAAUGCAGGGCUUGUGCAAGUGCUGUCAACUAUUCCUAUUGUGUUUAACAUGCAGGGUGUGACAGACCGAUACAAUCGGUGCAUAAUGGUGAGCAGUUUGAAUUCGAACCCUGAAAAGAAUGCUUUUAAAUAGUAUACCAAUUCUCUCCACCAGGUGUCAGCACUGUACUGUCAAGGGUAUGUUUUUAUGGGGAACAAGAAUAAUAAUAUAUUGAAAGUGUAUUAGUUGCAGUACAUGUGCUGGUUUCUCUUUUAUCCCAAGUUUGUAAUUUAAAAUAUUCAAAUGCAUAUGACUACACCAAAUAUAUUUAAAGAGGGAUCUGUUUUAUUUAAAACAUGUGAUGUUUUAUUUCUCUUCAUGAUAUCGGCCAAGGUUUUUUGGGGGGA